UCCCCCGGGUACAUGUGACAGAACAGUUCGGUCCGUCUGUGUUUUUGUACUUGCACGUUUUGUAGUUGUGCAGGACUGAACUCUGACGAUUAUCGCCUCCUAAUUUACCCAUAAGCCGACUUGCUCCUGUCCAGCACUUUGUAGGUUCCUGUAUCUCACCAUCAUCCAGGGUAUAGACCAGAUAAAAUGCUGCUGAUAGAAGAAAAGUAUAAACCAGUUGCUAAACUCUUAUUGUCUUCCGGAACAUGCCCAAGAUGUGUCCUCCGUUUGUGCUGCGUUGGAUUCCCAGCACCCUAUCGGCUUCCAUACAAGGAACUGGCUGAUGAGCUCUGGAAGUUCCUGGCAAGUGAUGGAGAUAUUUCGCCACCAAGUAAGAAGAUCCGGUUGGACGAUUCCCUAGAGUGUGAGAGCGCGACACAGGUCCCCGGAGAUGAUGAAGACACUGAUGUAUCUGAAGACUCUCAGACCUGCAAUCUGUGCUUGGGGAUUCUGCAGCACCAUUGCAGUAAGGAGUUUGUUAAAAAGAUUUUCCAUAAAGUCCAGUCCGCUGGGUAUGAGUUUCAGGACUUUGUUUUCCCAGUGUCUCUGCCGGCACAACUGUUAGUAAGAGAGCAUUCUGCAUGGCUGGAAGCACAACAGGAAAUGAGAAAGCAAGAUCGAGUCCUGGAAAAAGCAGACAUUAUCCAACUAAAAGAGGCCUACAAAUGGAUAAUUCACCCUAUGAUCUCCGAGGAGUUGGGGGUACAAGCAGUGAGCAAGAGUUUGUUUGAAGUCGGGGUGGUGUUUUGUCACCAAGAAACAGAUGAGGACUGCCACUUCCUGGCCACAGUAUGUAAGGACUGUUUUAAACCUGCCAAAAAUAAACAAUCUGUCUUCACUAGAAUGGCUGUUGUGAAGGCUCUAGACAAGAUAAAAGACAAUGAUUUCUGCAUUCACUUCCCAUGGCCUCCAUCUUUGCCAAAGACAACAUGUCAACUUGUUGAUAUCCAGUGCAACCAUGCGUCCGUUUUCGUGGCAGGUAGAUAUAACAAAUUUUCAAGGAAUUUGCCUCAAACACCCUGGGUUAUUGAUGGUGAGAGAAAAAUGGAGUCUUCAGUGGAGGAAUUGAUUACCGAACAGCUUAAGGCAUUGUUUAAAGCGGACAGUUUUAACUUCUCAUCUUCAGGGAGAGAGGAUGUAGAUGUCAGGACCCUUGGGAGAGGACGGCCAUUUGCUAUUGAACUUGUAAAUCCUCAUAGAGUCACGUUCACAAAGCAAGACAUGAAAGAUCUUCAGCAGAAAAUAAACAACACUGACAAAAUCAAAGUCCGGGAUCUGCAGAUUGUUACUAGGGAGGCAAUGGCGCACAUGAAGGAAGGGGAAGAAGAGAAGACUAAGUGCUACAGUGCGCUAAUCUGGAUAGAAAAACCCAUAGGCAAAGAAGACAUAGAAUUUCUCAAUGACAUAAAGGAGUUGACUCUCGCACAAAAAACUCCUCUCAGAGUCCUUCACAGACGACCCCUGGCUUCACGAUCCAGAAAUAUUCACACUAUGAAAACAGAGUAUGUGGAUGAACACCAUUUUCGUCUGUAUUUAAAGACACAGGCUGGGACCUAUAUAAAAGAGUUUGUUCAUGGUGACUUUGGGAGAACAGUUCCAAACAUUGGCUCUAUGAUGAAAACUACAGCUGAUAUUCUAGAGCUGGAUGUGGAGUCUGUGGAUGUGGAUUGGCCGCCUGCUGUAGAAGACUAACAUUUUACAAGAGUUUACUUUGGCCUUGGAAGAAUAAAGAUAACCAUGUGUACAUUGGCAUAACAGUGCACGAAAAAUCUUGGAUCAUGUUGAUCUGUUAUUUUCUGUGGUUUACGGUCAAUGGCAUUCUAUGACAAUUAUGUUUAUUCAUGAAAAAAGAAAAACAAGGAAAUGAAUUAUUUAAUGCUUAGAAAUAGCAUACUGCAGCAAAUAACAUUAUAUAAGACCUGUUGGUAUAGUAUAUCCAAAGGAUAGGGGAUAAGAUGUCUGAUCACGGGGGUCCUGCCGCUGGGGACUACCGCAAUCUCCGGGCCGGCAGCGGCGGCGCCCGGAACACGGAAGCUUGAAGCUUCCGUGUUCGGGACGCCACGCUCACUCCAUAGACAUGAAUGAAGGGGGCAUGCGGCUCUAGUGGCCAGUCAUAUGGCACCGAGCGGAGUUCACCGGAAGACUGGGGUGCCGCAGCAGAAAUUGCAACGGGACCCCCGUGAUUAGAUAUCUUAUCCCCUAUCCUUUGGAUAGGGGACAAGAUUUUUUCCGGCGAGGUACCCCUUUAAGAAAACAGCACAGCAUAUAACUGCAAGAAGCAGUGGCCAGGAAUCUGAAAACAGCCGAAUGAGAAGUUCACGUGUUUCCCAUAGACAUGUUGCUGGCUGUUUUCAGAAUCCUAGUUUUAGACAUAGGUGCAGGACACAGAGGUCGGACCCACCUCUAUAAGACAUCCUAUGUAUAUGCCAUAAAUGUCUAAAAUGGAAAUAGCCCUUUAAAUGCAUCAAACUGUGAACAGUAAUGUGAACUGUGUGCUUUGUACUCAUGAUUCACUGUAAAUUCUAUGUACAUUUUUUUUGUUUCACAACUUAUUAUUCAAGAAUAAAAUGCCUAA